GGGGAUAACUUUUCUAAGUUAUUUCUGUUUGCAGGUUUCAAUGUAUUUAGGCUACUGAGCGGAUCAGCAGUAGCCCUGGUAAUAGCUCCCACUGUAUUACUGACAAUGCUUUCGUCUGCUGAACGAGGAUGCCCUAAGGGCUGUAGGUGUGAAGGCAAAAUGGUAUAUUGUGAGUCCCAGAAAUUGCAAGAGAUACCCUCCGGUAUAUCAUCUGGUUGUUUAGGUUUGUCCUUGCGAUAUAACAGCCUUCAAAAACUAAAAUACAACCAAUUUAAAGGUCUUAAUCAACUUACCUGGCUCUACUUAGACCACAAUCAUAUCGGCAGCAUCGACGAAAAUGCUUUCAAUGGAAUACGCAGGCUGAAAGAGUUAAUUCUGAGUUCCAACAGAAUUGCUUUUUUUCUUAAUAACACCUUCAGACCAGUAACAAACCUCCGAAAUUUGGAUCUCUCCUACAAUCAGCUGCAUUCCCUGGGAGUAGAACAAUUCAGAGGCUUAAGGAAGCUGCUGAGUUUACACCUGAGGUCCAAUUCCCUGAGAACGAUCCCAGUCCGGAUUUUCCAGGACUGUAGGAACCUGGAACUCCUAGACCUGGGUUACAACAGGAUCCGAAGCCUAGCAAGGAAUGUCUUUGCUGGCAUGAUCAGGCUGAAAGAGCUGCACCUGGAGCACAAUCAAUUUUCUAAGCUUAACUUGGCACUUUUUCCAAGGCUGGUCAGCCUACAGAACCUUUAUUUACAGUGGAAUAAAAUUAGUGUUAUAGGACAAACCAUGUCUUGGACGUGGAGCUCGUUACAAAGACUUGAUUUAUCGGGAAAUGAAAUAGAAGCUUUCAGUGGACCGAGCGUUUUCCAGUGUGUGCCCAAUUUGCAACGCCUCAACCUGGAUUCCAACAAGCUCACAUUCAUUGGCCAGGAGAUUUUGGAUUCCUGGAUAUCUCUGAAUGACAUCAGCCUUGCUGGGAAUAUAUGGGAAUGCAGCAGAAACAUUUGUUCCCUGGUAAACUGGCUAAAAAGUUUCAAAGGGCUGAGGGAAAAUACAAUUAUCUGUGCCAGCCCCAAAGAACUGCAAGGGGUGAAUGUUAUAGAUGCAGUGAAAAAUUAUAGCAUCUGUGGCAAAAGUACUACAGAAAGGUUUGACUUGCCCCAAGCUCCGCCCAAGCCCACCUUUAAACCAAAGGUCAUCCGGCCUAAACAUGACAGCCAGCCCCCCCUGCCCCCUACCACAGGGGCCCCUGAGGCCAGCUCCGUGCCCGAGCCCAGCACCCAGCAGAUCUCCUUCCAUAAAAUCAUUGCUGGGAGUGUGGCCCUCUUCUUGUCCGUGCUUGUGAUUCUGCUGGUCAUCUACGUGUCCUGGAAGCGCUACCCUGCCAGCAUGAAGCAAUUGCAGCAACGCUCCCUAAUGCGACGGCACCGGAAAAAGAAACGACAGUCGCUGAAGCAGAUGACUCCCACCACCCAGGAAUUUUAUGUUGACUAUAAGCCCACCAACAGCGAGACCAGCGAGAUGUUGCUGAACGGGACGGGACCUUGUUCGUACAGCAAGGGAGGCUCCAGGGAAUGUGAGGUAGGAACCACUCUCAUAUUUUUAAGAGCUGUUUGGGUCGAACUUCUUUUACUUUUCAGGUACCACACUGCCAUAUCAGGUGUCCUCCAGUCAGUGCAGGUUAGCCUUUCCCUUCACAGGAACCCUGUGAAGUCUGAGGUCGAGUUUACCCAGCCUCUGUUGUGA